AUGUGGGUGUGUCAUCCAGUUCACUUGCACAGCUUCGUUGGGGCCGCGGAGCUUCCUCCGCCGCCGGUGACGACGUCCCUAUUCACCAAAGCACGUCAAGCUGUCCAUUGCGCCAUCUGCAAUGACGUCGUGGACACCCGCAAACCCACCUCGCCACCGACUUGUUCGUGCGUCGCUUGCAAGUGCGUUGUCCAUCGUCGAUGCUUGUCGCGGUGGCAUGAGCAAGACACGUCUACGAGACACCGGGAGACACGACUGCUUCUUCCUUUGUGUUCCGUCGCGGACAAGGUCCUUCAUACACCUUCGUUGUCGUCGUCGCCUAGCAACCCAACGAGCGACUUGCACCUCCUCGAACACCUUCAUCUGGACCCGACCUUGCCUGCCUCGCCCCUGCACCAUCCACCUCACACAGUUCCUCCAUCGAGCAAUCUGGCAUACGUGUACGUCCAGCGCUACGCCCCUUACGUCGCCGGUGGCAUCCUCCUCGGCGGAGCCGCCAUCUUCGGCAUGCCUGCAGUCGCCCUCACAGGCCUUGGCGUGGGCAUCUCAGGACACACAUGGACCCAACGCCGCCAACUGCCGACAACGGCGACGAACUUGGCAUCUCAUCGCCGUCCUCGUGCUGAGGAUUCGGACUGGGCGCGUCGCAUUUGCUGGGACUUGAAGCAGUCCUCCACGGGCACAGAUUCGUCGUAUAAGCAAGACGCCGCGCUCCUUCGACGGUACCACAACCACAAGAUAGACAACCCGACGUCGGACGACAUUUACCGACUGCUUUACCAUCUCUUUGCCUCACGAGACGAACUCGUUGGACGCAUCAACAGCGCGCUCUGCGACGCCUUUCGCACCCGAGCCAACUCGUCUCCGACCCUUCCUGCGUUGGUUCGAGAUGCACAAGUCUAUGUGGGUCACGUGCUAGCGGUCACGUUGACCACAUACCCCGCGCUGUCGAGCUCCGAAGAUGCCGUGGUACAAGCCACCGAAGCCGUGGAACGUCUUGUGUACAGUGACAUUUACCCGUUGGUGUUGAACGCGUUUCGACGCGCCUAUGCCCGCCACGACGCCACGUUGAUCGCCCACGUCCGCGAAGUGCAAGCUACCCGGCGUGCCAGUUCAACGGUGAACCCCCAGGCCAUCGACUCCCUUGCCCGGCUCAGCCACGUCACAUACCCCUACGGCAAACUGCAAGCGCUAGGCGAUACGUUUCGCAUGAUGUGCUCGGCCGCCGAAGCGGGACUGGCCAUCGCCCCGAGUGCCGACACGCUUCUGCCCAUGACCGUGGACCUGAUUGUGGAUGGAUGUGGGGUGAUGUUGGAUUUCGUGGCGCAGAUGGCGUUCGUGUCGACGUUGACCAAGGGGGGCGGCCGCGGCAUGGAAGGCUACGCGCUCACGACUUUCCACGCAGCCCUGCGCGCUCUCGCAGCUAUCGACGUCCAAGACUACGCGACGAGUACUACUAGUAGUACUAGUACUACUACUCCCCCCCAAGGCGAAGAGGAAGAAGCCGACGACGAGUUUUUUGACGCGGUGGAGGACUUGUCACGAUAACAAACAAAAGACAGUAGUACAGUCCGGUGUAGUCGAGGUGUUGUUGCAACGUAUAGGUACAUAUGUUGCCAAUGAAACCACGGCCGAGUGCUGCGAGAUGUUGAC